UAGCUGAAAGGAAGAAAGCAGCCAAGCGAGAUCUCACGUUAAUAUAAUGAGGCAAUAUUCUGCUCAAAUGACUAAUAAAGAAAGAAAAAAACAUUGUGAGAGACAGGUGAAAAAGAACAGAGAUGAAUGAAGGUGAAUAUGGCAAACAAUAUCCUAUGGGAAAAUAAAAGUUCUGUCUCUGAAUUCAUCCUUCUGGGUUUCUCAACCAAGCUGCAAACACAACGGUUCCUUUUUGCUCUCUUCCUCAUCCUGUAUUUGAUGAUUCUCCUAGGCAACGGCCUCAUUAUCAACCUCAUCAGAAUAGACUCUCGUCUCCACACGCCCAUGUACUUCUUCUUGGCCAAUCUAUCUUUCUUGGACAUCAGUUAUAGUUCUACCACAAUGCCCCAGAUGUUAAUACAUCUCCUUGUAAAGAGUAAAACCAUCUCCUUUGUUGGCUGUACUGCUCAAAUGUACAUCUUCCUGUCUUUGGGGAUAACUGAAUGCGUUCUCUACGCCGUGAUGGCUUACGAUCGGUAUGUAGCCAUCUGCCACCCAUUACACUACUCUAGCAUGAUGAGCAAGUCGGUUUGUGUUAAGAUGGUCGUCGGGUCCUGGGCCUGUGGCUUCCUCUUUGCCAUGAUGCACACCGGCUUCACGAUGCGCUUGCCUUAUUGCGGCCCAAACGAGAUCAACCACUUCUUUUGUGAAGUGCCAGCUAUCUUGAAAUUAGCUUGUGCUGACACACGCGUCAAUGAGGUGGUGGACUUUGUGUUGGGGGUGAUCUUGCUCAUGACCCCACUUUCUUUGAUUGCGACCUCUUACAUGUUCAUCUUGAGUGCUAUCCUGAAGAUCCGCUCGGCAGAAGGGAAGUUCAAAGCUUUCUCCACCUGCACCUCACACAUUACAGUGGUGACUCUCUUCUACGGUGCUGCCAUGUUCAUGUACAUGCGCCCAGCUUCCAGCUAUAAGCCAGAAAGAGACAAGAAGUUUUCUCUCUUUUACAAUGUGUUAUCUGCUCUUUUGAACCCAUGUAUUUACUCUCUAAGAAACAAGGAGAUCAAAGGAGCCCUGUGCAAAUGGGUUUGCAUACAAUAAAUGAACACGUAGAUUAUUUAUUAAAAGGGGAAAUGUAAAGAAGAGGACUAUUUUAUAACCAUGCUAUAAUUUAUGCAGGAUAACCAAAUGAGCCCCCAACUCACAAGGACACUGCUUUUGUCGUUCUAUAUAUCAGGCUCAGUACGACCCUGAGCUUGUCGGUCAGAAAGGUCAGCAGUUCAGUGGUUCGAAUCCCUAGUGCAGCAUAACAGAGUGAGCUC